CAUGGAAACCUACUGGAGAGAAGUGCGGAGCAUUGAGGAGGAGGAGGAGGGUGAGGAAGAGGAGGAGGAAGAGGAGGAGAAGAAGAGUAUGGACGAGGUGGAGCUAGAGGAGGCGUGGCUUAAGGAGGCGGGGUUAUCCUCCCUGGUAACCGGACCGUCCUCAGAGGAGGAGGCGCCGCUGGUUGCCGGGUCCGUUACCGAGGCGCUGCUGUCCACGUUGACACGGCAACAAGCAGCCACGGUGAGGAGGAGGCUGGACAACUACACGGAGACGCUGAAGACCCGAAACAGGCAGCCAAUCAGAGACGUCCGGGACGUCUUCACCCAGCCCGACGAUGACUCAGCAGAAAGAUGCCCCCCUCCCCCCUCUCACCCGCCGAGUCACCGCCAAGCCGAUACCACACAACCACCAAAACCAUUCGCAGAGACACUCACAGAGUUCGACCUACUCUUCCUACAUUUGUGUUUGAGGAUAAACUUCCUGAACACCCGUCAUGCCCCAAAAACACACACUCUCAGACGCUCUCAGACACACACACACUCUCCGCCUGUCAGCUGGGCGAGGCGAGCUGAUUGGCUGCUGCGGGACUCUCCGUACUCAGAGGGCGUGGCUGAUCACAAACGGGGCGGGACUUGUUGGGACUGCCUUCGUUUCCAUGGAGACAACGACAGUGGUGACCAGCCGUUUGUACCUGUCUCACCCCCUCAGAGUCUCACUGCAGCAGAAGACCUGUCAUCAUGUGACCUGAUGCGUCUCGGCUUCAUCUCUCACAUCGAGCUCUCCACCUUCCUGCUCGCUCUGGGCGUCCAAACCAAACGCACCCGCCCGCCACGGAGACGCACCCGGGAUAGCGGUGUGUUCGGUGUCCCUCUGAAUUCUCUGUUGGAGAACGACAGGAAGACGUUUCCUGGAGUUAAAGUUCCUGUUGUCUUCCAGAAGUUGUUGUGUAUUUUAGAGCAGACCGGCCUGCAGACUGAAGGGAUUCUCAGAGUACCAGGAUCAGCUGCCAGACUCAAGUCCCUACGCAGAGAGCUAGACAGGAGUUGUGGAGAGUUCGACUGGUCUGCAGUGAGACAGGUGGACGCUGCAGGUCUGCUGAAGCUUUUCAUCAGAGAGCUGCCGACACCUUUACUGACACACACACACCUGUCUACCUACCGCUCCUUACUGGGUGUCUCCUCAGUGGUCCACCAGGUUCAGGCUCUACAGCUGCUGGCUCUACUGCUUCCUGAAGCCCACAGAGACACACUCAGAGCUCUGCUGGGGUUCCUGCGUCAGGUGGUCUCUCACCAGGACAGGAACCGGAUGUCUCUGUGGAACGUCUCCAUGGUGAUGGCUCCCAACCUCUUCACCUGCCCUCGCCACGGCAACAAGCGCUCCAUCGCUAGGCAACGGGAGGAGAUGGAGGAGGCGGUCGCCGGGGCUCACCUGGUCCAACUGAUGGUCACACACCAGGACCUGCUCUGGACCGUACCUGUCUUCCUGCUGUCUCAGGUGAGACAGAUGAAUCAGGCGUCCAAUCAGAAACAGUUUGGCCUGACCCGGGCGACAAGGCGACUGCUGAGGAGGAAGAACGACAGAAACCAGGUAACAGAGCUGUGUGAAGGUGUGAUCAGAGUUCACGCCCCGCUGCACGUCAAGGUCUCCAUGGCGAUACAGCUGGAUGGACAGACGAGAGCCAGAGACGUUAUCGCUCGUUUUGGGAACAACAGCUGUUCUGUUCAACAUCUGUAUGAAGUGGGAGGAAACAUCUGUGAGCGGCGUCUCCAUCCAGACUGCGUGUUAUUGGAUGUGUACAGAGUGAAUCCUCACUGUGAUUGGAUGAUCAAACCCUGAUACACAGCCUGUCUCACACACGGCCUGUCUCACCACUAACCUGAGACCUCUGUGUGUUGUCAUGGUGACAUCAGAUAUCAACAUUGGAAUCAACCUAAGCUGAAUAAUUUGUAUUGACUGUAUUUUGUACGUUUAGUUUCAUGAUCAACCGCAGCAGAGAGACUUGUUGAAGUAAACACCAGAUCCUUUUAGUUUAACCCAAA